UGGAAGAUGAUCUAAUAUAAUUGUCUAACUCGGUCAUAUGAAAAUGCUACUCUAUGAAUUUAUAUAAUUUUAACAUGAGGUUCUUCACCUAGUUUAAGAGUCAAACUAGCUCAUGAACGGGGUUGAAAAUGAUAUGGAAAAGUAAAAUAAAUGGGUGUCAACUGCCAACUCAGUACAGACCGAGAGAUAUCGACAUAGAAACUUGCCCGACUCAGUGAGGCGCGACUCGCUUGUGUAACCAAAGUCUUCCAUGGAUCGAGUUCUGAAAGCUGCGAGAAUCUCUGGUUCACUCAAUUUAUCCAACCGGUCUCUCAGGGAAGUGCCAUAUGAGGUUUACCAAAGUCUGGAUGCAGUUGGUGGGGAGGAGAAAUGGUGGGAGGCAGUGGAAUUGCAGAAGUUGAUUUUGGCUCAUAAUGAUAUUCAAACAUUGAAAGAAGACAUCCGGAAUUUGCCUCUCUUGUCAGUGCUGAAUGUUAGUCACAAUAAGCUUUCAUGUCUUCCAACUGCUAUAGGAGAGCUUCCGAUGCUUAAGUCAUUGGAUGUGUCAUUUAACUUAAUCCAGAGUGUUCCAGAAGAAAUUGGAGCAGCAACCACGCUAGUCAAGUUUGAUUGCUCAAACAACCAACUAAAUGAUCUUCCCGAUUCUCUUGGAAGAUGUUCAAAUUUAGCUGAACUUAAGGCCUCAAACAAUAGUAUUUCUAGAUUGCCAGAAGAUGUUGCCAACUGUACAAAAUUAAUGAAGCUGGAAGUGGAGGGAAACAAGCUAUCAGUGUUAUCCGACAGUUUGUUUUCAUCAUGCAUAAUGCUUACGGAACUGAAUGCAUCUAAGAACUUGCUGAAAGGAUUUCCGGAAAACAUUGGAAACCUUAAACGAUUGAUUCGCCUGGAUGUCCAUCAAAACAGAAUUUCAUCAAUCCCAUCAUCGAUAAAGGGAUGUUCCUCUCUUUUGGAGUUGUAUCUAGGGGAUAAUGCUCUUACUUCAUUACCAGCAGAGAUAGGAGAACUGACUCAAUUGGGAUCACUUGAUCUGCACUCUAAUCAGUUAAAGGAGUAUCCAGUGGAGGCAUGUAAACUGCAUCUGUCAGUCCUGGACCUGUCCAACAAUUCAUUGUCCAGUUUACCUCUUGAAAUCGGACUAAUGACAACUUUGCGAAAGCUUUUACUUGCUGGUAAUCCAAUGCGAACACUUCGGAGCUCAUUGGUGAAUGGACCUACACCAGCUCUACUAAAAUACCUUCGAAGUAGACUUCCAACCAAUGAAGACUUUGCUGCGAAAACACCUACAAAAGAUGACGUGAUAUCGAUGGCUAGAAGAAUGUCCCUUACUUCAAAGGAAAUUUCUUUAGUAAAGCUUGGUUUGACAGCUGUCCCAUCUGAUGUUUGGGAGUCCAAUGAUAUCACCAAAGUUGAUCUUUCUGAAAACUCAAUAGAAGAGCUACCAAUUGAACUUUCCUCUUGUGCUUCCCUUGCGGCUAUAAUUUUAUCAAAGAACAAGAUACGAAACUGGCCUAGUUCAAUCUUGAUGUCACUGUCCAGACUUGCAUGUUUGAAAUUGGAUAACAAUCCUCUAAGACAGAUACCAUCAGAUGGCUUCCAAGCUGUGCCAAAGCUUCAAAUUCUAGACCUAACUGGCAAUAUAGGCUCUUUACCAGAAAAUCCAGCAUUUUCUUGCAUGCCAAACUUGCAGGAGCUUUAUCUGAGAAGGAUGUGUAUAUAUGUUGUUCCAUCUGAUAUAAUGAGCUUGAGGUGUUUAAGAAUUCUUGAUUUGAGCCAAAAUGCCCUUCAGUCAAUUCCUCAGGGAAUGAAAGAUUUGAGUUCUCUUACGGAGCUGGACCUUUCAGACAAUAAUAUUUCUACACUUCCACCGGAGCUGGGUUUACUGGAGCCUUGCUUGCAAGUGUUGAAAAUAGAUGGCAAUCCAUUGAGGAGCAUCAGAAGGACAAUUUUGGAUCGAGGAACAAAAACUAUUUUGAAAUACUUGCAGGACAAAAUUGUACAGCAUUGACAAUUCUAAUUUGGUUGAGAUCCUCAUUUAGCUUUACCUUUUGGACAAAAGGGUGAAAAAAGAACUCUGUAUCUAUAGCUUAUAAUCUUUUAUGACCGUGUUUGAAGCCUCACUUUUUGACUGGCAGGGAAUGAAAGAUUUGAGUUCUCUUACGGAGCUGGACCUUUCAGACAAUAAUAUUUCUACACUUCCACCGGAGCUGGGUUUACUGGAGCCUUGCUUGCAAGUGUUGAAAAUAGAUGGCAAUCCAUUGAGGAGCAUCAGAAGGACAAUUUUGGAUCGAGGAACAAAAACUAUUUUGAAAUACUUGCAGGACAAAAUUGUACAGCAUUGACAAUUCUAAUUUGGUUGAGAUCCUCAUUUAGCUUUACCUUUUGGACAAAAGGGUGAAAAAAGAACUCUGUAUCUAUAGCUUAUAAUCUUUUAUGACCGUGUUUGAAGCCUCACUUUUUGACUGGCAAAUGAAGUAAGAAAUGUGUGUUUGAGAUUGUCCGAAAGACACCCAUUGUAUAAACCACUUGUGGUUUCCUAAAAAGGAAAGAACUAAGGACUAAAUAUGGACUGGGG